AAAUAAUUCAUUAAACGUAUCGAAAUAACGAUGGCAAAAGAAAAAGUGGUUUUGGCUUAUUCUGGUGGUCUGGACACGAGUUGCAUUUUAAAAUGGCUUAUAAACAAGGGUUACGAUGUGAUUUGUUAUAUGGCGAAUAUUGGACAGGAUGAAGAUUUUAAUAUGGCAAAGGAAAAAGCAUUAAAAAUUGGGGCUUCAAAGGUAGUAAUAGAAGAUAUAAGAGAAGAUUUCGUUAAAUGCUACGUGUGGCCAGCAAUUAGCUACGGACUCCUCUACGAAAACAGGUAUCUUUUGGGAACAUCUCUUGCAAGACCUUGCAUUUCUGUUGGCUUAAUUAACUGUGUUAAGGAAAAUGAUGCCACUUAUAUUGCCCACGGCGCAACAGGAAAAGGAAACGAUCAAGUCCGUUUCGAGUUGUCUUGUUAUACUUUACUACCUGAUAUUAAGAUAAUUGCACCAUGGCGUAUACCAGAGUUUAUCAACAGGUUCGAAGGCAGACAAGAUCUACUAAAAUUCGCCGCUGAAAAUGGGAUACCAGUAAGUGUAACCCCGAAAGCGCCGUGGAGCAUGGACGCGAAUCUUAUGCAUAUCAGUUAUGAAUCUGGAAUUUUGGAGGAUCCAAACCAAGAGGCACCGGAGGAUUUAUUUUUGAUGACUACUAGUCCUAAAACUUCAGUUGAAGCUAGUACACGAUUGGAGAUCACAUUUGAAAAGGGAGUGCCUAUACUGUUAUCGGUUAUAGAAGAAGGAAAAAUCUACAGCAAUCCUCUGGAUAUAAUGUUAGCACUCAAUGUACUUGGUGGAAAGCAUGGUAUUGGACGCAUUGAUAUUGUUGAAAAUCGAUUUUUAGGACUCAAGUCCAGGGGUGUCUAUGAAACACCUGGGGUAACUAUACUACACUCAGCACAUACCGAUUUGGAAGUAUUUUGUAUGGACAAAGAAGUUUACAGAGUUAAGCAGGUACUACGUGAAAGGUUAUCUGAUUAUGUCUACAAUGGAUUCUGGUUCUCUCCUGAAGGCGAAUAUACAAGAAAAUGCUUGGACUUAUCAUCGGAAACUAUAGAGGGAACUGUUAAAAUUGAACUAUAUAAAGGAUCAGUUACUAUUUUGGGUAGAUCUUCAAAAUCGUCCCUGUAUAAUGCAGAUUUGGUGUCCAUGGAUAAACAUGCAGGUUUCAGCCCAGAGGAUGCCACUGGUUUUAUUAAUAUUCAAGCGAUUAGGCUUAAAGAAUAUAAUAAAUUUCUAAAAUAUUAAAGAUAUAAUGUAAAAUGUUUGUUUGUCCAAGCAGCAACGUACUUUAAAGGAAUAUCCGGGGCUCAUUCUUUUUAUUACCUAUACAUAAACUUAUCAAGUUAAACAUUGAUGGAGAUACGAUAGCAUACGCUAAUGAUAUCCAUAUUAUAAGGAAAAUUCCCGCAGAAAGACCCAUCUAGUACAUAUUAUAAUUAUAUCAAUUCUAGUAUAUAAGCUCCUGGUUAAGUCCUGGAGAGUUAUGGCAUUAUAGCGUGGGAAGAAUAUUUAAAAUCAUUACUAACUGUACAAAUUAUAUACUUAAAGUGAAAUAUAAAAAAAAAGAAAAAAAAAUCUAAAACAAAUAUAUUUUUAACAUAAAAGAACUUUUUACUUUAUCUAUCUGCUCACAUAUGCAUAUUUUAUGUCUUCCAAAUAGAUAUGAACUAUUUGGAAGACAUAAAAUAUGUCAAAUGCCCGACAGACGUAAAUACCAGGAUUAAAAUGAAGCAUAUUAAGAAUUCGAGAUUCUUUUAUAGGAUUGUCUCAUUUUUGAGUUAUUAAUGUGAAGGAAUUGUAUUAAUUAAAUAUUUUAGUUGUAAUUUAAAUGCUUACAGCUUGCUUCAUCUGGGUGCUUUAACAAGAAAGUGUUUCUAUUACACUGUAAGUGUAACUAAAAACUGUUUAAAAUAUGUAUUAUUUAAGUAAUAUAUUUAAUUUGA